AGAAUCGCUGAAAGAAUGUCGCUAAUGUGGUUAAAAGUGUGCCACAAAAGUGUGCUGGAUCAAAGAAUUGUAGGAGGCCCGAAGGAUAGUGACACCGUUAUCGGAUGCAUCGUUCGGCACAUAAUAAUGGGCCCACGCCCCUCCGAGCCUUUGCAAUAAAUGCUCUCAACAAUUUUACGAUGCAAAUAUGCAGAUGCGAAGAUAUAUCUUCGUUGAACGCGCGAGGCGUACCUUCGGCGAAUGUUUUGGAUGGAUGUCAUUCGCUAAAAGCGAUUUCAUCGGUUUAAAACGAUUGAAACGUGAUUAAAGUUUUAACAAUGAAGCUGUACGGUAAAUGUACAACGGCGAGACAACAAAUAGCGCCGAAUUAAUUUCUCAUGAAUAAUAUGUAUCACAAUGCUGCUUUUCUACUUAAACGAGCCAUUUAAACACACAGUAUUAAAGUUUAAUAUUAAUUAUAUUAAUAAUCCAAUAUUGGUAAUAUUAAAUUAUAUACUAAUAAAUUGCGAAAAGCACAAAAUAUGAUGGCAACAAGAAUAUAACCGCUCAGUUAUUUCUGCGUUAUGAUGCAAAGUUUCACGAAUCCUCUUGGACUCGAUCCCUUAAAGCUUUCCGUUCCCAAAAAUUUUGGCACAUGACGGCGACGUGUCAUGUCAUUGUCUGACGAUUGAGAAGGCAAUGUCGAAGAGGCACGCUGUAAUAGUAACCCAAUAACGCGAUUCUCGUGCCCCUUCCGGAUGCGCACAGCAUAUAUAUGGACGAAGCGAAGGCGACGAUUUUUUAUUCACGAACGUUGAUCGAGGUGAACGUCUGCCAAGAGAAUGACGAGCAUUUCGUGAGUUCGUCAUUCGCUAGAACGAACUUGAACGGGCGAACGGAUUUUUGUGCCGUCGUCGAUCAGUGCGCGAGGGUGACGAUCCGCGGGUGAACACAUUUAUGGAGCAGAGAUUUCCGAGAUCGAGUCCUUGGAUGACAAACUUGAGCCCUCCGCGAAGAGAAGCCGGAAGAAUCGGCAUCGCUCGAAGCAUCGCACCCGCGCUGUUGGCUGUGUCGAGAAGUGGGAACUCAUUUUCUUGAGAAGAAUGAAUCGAGAUAUGGAGAUCAAGAUGACGUCCCAUUACCAAGCUCGAGAACACCGGCUCGGCUGGAUCCUGAAGACCCUCCUCCUCAUCUGCUUCGCUUUGGUCUCCAGCCACGAAGGGGUGCCUUUGAACCAUCAGAGCACACCGGACGCGUCCACCCUGAAGAUAGAGGCCCGAGAGUCGGAGGCGUCGAUAACCCUGGGAAAGGAGCUCAUGCUCGGCCCAUCGUCGUCGCCGACCAACGCGGCGUUCCUCACCAACGACUCCAACGACGUCGCGACGACGAGGACCGAUCCGCUCGUGACCUCCACAGUCGUCGACCAGGUGUUUGCCGACGGACUCAGUGGGAACUUCGUCCAGAAACCCGCGGCCAAGAGUCCUCGAUGGUCUUCACUCGUCCCUGAUAGCCGUCACUGGACGAGCACGACAGGCUCGAAGGCUGUCUGGAAGAAGGACAGUUAUCUCGAGGCACUAAGACACUCUCGCGGUGACCCGCGAGAAGCUGUCGCACGGGUGGACUCGAAGACGAAGGCGAAUAGAAGGGAAUACGUGCCGGGGCCCGUUUACAAACCGGACCCGGCCUACGGCCCGUCCGAGUCCGCGUACCCGUCCAAGGGCUCGCAAGUCGCCUACGGCACCAUGGGCGUCCCUUCGUCCGCCAUUAAUGCCUACCCGCAGUCCUUCAGGCCGUCGAUGCUGGAGUCGAACGAUCACUACGGUCCACCGCACAACCCACCGAGCUCCUCGUUCUACCCGCAGAGCUCGUACGGCCCGCCCGAGAAUUCGUACCCGCCGCCACAACAAGCUUACGGCGCUUCCAUACACUCCUCGCCGCCGUCUCCGGUAUACGGGGCACCUUACGCGCUGCCGGAUGUGUCUCAUAUCUCCAUCUUGCCGACCUUCGACCUGGGCUGGCCGAUUGCCUUGAAACUGAACGCCUUCACUAUCGCGAAGAUCAUACUGAAGCUGGUAAUCUUCAAGAUGAUUGUGAAAUUCAUCGCGGCGAUUUGCCUGCUGCUCUUCAUACCCAAGCUGGAGAUCAUCAAGAAGAAGGGCAACAAGCACGAGGACGAUGAAGAGCGAGGCUUGUCGUCGCCUUACGCCACCUCGGAAACACUGAACGAUCUCGAAUCCAUCAUACGGAGCUCCGUCGAGAAAUACGAGGCGCUUAACGACGCCGCUUCCAGCUCGACAUCGACGCAGAAAUGCACGACACCCGGCUGCCGCGUCGCUGAAGCUUUUACGUUCCGCGAAUCUUGGGACGACUACUUGAAUUUAUUCAAGAGCUACGUGGAAGAAGAGAGGCGGCUCGCGAAGAGAAAAGAGCAGUGAGAAACUUGUCGCUGUCGUUGUCGUCGGGUUCCAUUCUCGUCGUCGCCGUCCUCAUCUCGUCUC